AAAAUCAUCGGAAUCCUCAUUUGGAUGGGCUUUUUCCAAUUUCCUCUCGAAAAAUAUUGGUCUGAAAGUCCAAUAUUUAAUUUUUCCUUUCUAAAAAAACUCAUUUCCCGCCAACGUUUUCAGCUAAUUAUGUCAAACUUUCACCUUUCUGAUAACGAAAGAAUCGAAUCUCCAACUAGACUAGAUAAAAUUUCGCCACUGGUACAACUUUUGAUCAAUAACUAUCAAGCCGUAUAUACUCCUGGUAAAGAUAUUGUUAUAGAUGAAUCUAUGGUACCUUUUAAAGGAUGCCUUAUUUUUAAACAGUAUAUUCCAACGAAAGCUCAUAAAUAUGGGAUAAAACUAUUUAAACUGUGUUGUAAUGAGGGCUACACAUGGUCCAUGAAGGUGUACGCAGGAAAAAAUGAUAAGGAGAAGACCAAACUAGGUGUCGGUACGAAUGUUUGCUUUGAACUUGCCGAAAAGCUAAUGAAUGAAGGGCGCACUUUGUACAUAGACAUUUUUUUUAAGAGUUACGAACUAGCGCUAAAAUUUCUGCAAAACAAAACUCAUGUAGUAGGCACAUUAAGGUUCAACAAAAAAUAUAUGCCUAAAGAAGUUAUGGUAUCGAAACUGAAGAAAGGUGAAAUGAUCUCAAAAGAAGAUCCGAAUGGAAUUGUCGUCUUGAAGUGGAGGGAUGUUAGAGACGUACGUAUGAUUUCCACCAAACAUGCCCCAGUGCUAGUGUCAACAACAAGUGCAAGUAAACCGCAAUGUACAGAAAAACUUAAGCCAGUCGCAGUUAUAGAUUACAACCAAGGAAAAUGUGGUAUUGAUAAAAGUGAUCAGAUGAUCUCAUACGCCACACACUCAAGGAGAAGUCGAAAGUGGUACCACAAACUUGCUCUAUACCUGCUCACAGGCACAUCUGUUGUGAAUGCGCAUAUCGUUUAUCAAAAAGCUAAUAAUAUAAAAAUAGGGAUACGAGAAUUCAGGGAAAAGAUUGUACACGAAUGGCUUUGCUCAGAGUAUCCAGAUAUUGAGGAAGAAAAUAAUAACAAUAAUCAUUAUUUACAAAAACGUAAAGAUUCAAGCAACAAAACGCUGCGACGGAUGUGUCUAAACCAGCUCGCCGGCCAGACAGCCGACAUCAAUCGCCGUUUGGACGUUUUAACGGUGCAAAACAAAUCUCUGCACAAAGAGGUCGUCGUUGUCCGGAAAACUACGGCGGUUAUGGUGAAUCAAAUGCAACAGACAAUAUGUGGCGAUGAGGAUGGAAGUUCGUCUCCCGUCCCAGAGGACUUCACGCUGCAGCCUGUACGGUCGGAGGACGAGCUGAACGACAUGGAGCGCAAGUUGAGCGACAAACAGUAUAUGAAGAAUUUCGAGGCUUGGCUGCACAGCAACAUCAUGGCCAGAAAUGUGGACAAGCGGCUGAAGGAGGUGAAGGAGUUGCUUGGACUUAUAUGUCCGGUAGCUGGUCAGCAGCUUCCUCCACUGGUAACUGGACUCUUCGACGUAUCAGGUAAAGACGGCAGACUGGUUGAGGAUGACGAUCCGGAAGAGAAUCGCUGUCCCGGCAUAGCUGACGAAUCGGGCAAAGAUCCAUCGAUAAAGAACGUACCGGAAACAUCAGGGAUGGUUGAUGGUGGCGAUGAAGCGGUCAACAAUAACGUUCCGGAAGAGAAUCGCUGUCCCGGCUUGGCUGAUGAACUGGGCAUUGAUCCUUUGAACAGAAACGAACCGGAAAUAUUAGUGAUGGGUGGUGGUGACGAUGGGACGGUCAACAAUGACGGUCCGGAAGAGGAUCGCUGUCCCGGUAUGACUGACGAACCGGGCAUAGAUCCACCUAAAAGAAACUUACCGGAAACAUCACAGAUGGGUGGUGGUGACGAUGGGACGGUCAACAAUGACGGUCCGGCAGAGGAUCGCUGUCCCGGUAUGGCUGACGAACCGGACAUGGAUCCACCCAAAAGAAAUGUACCGCAAACAUCACGGAUGGGUGGCGGUGACGAUGGAACGGUCAACAUAUCUGACGAAACGAAUAUAGGUGGUGGUGUCGAUGAGACAGCCAACAAUGUCGAAGCAAGAAUAACAGGAGUAGCGGGCACGACCGAUGAAACGGACGUCAGAGCAGAAAAAACCAUUAGAUAG